AUGAUACGUUUAACAAUUCGUGAUAAUGAUAAACAACGUUAUGAAGUAUCUGUACCUAUUCAUUGGUAACCAUCUUUAGCACCAUCAUCAGUUAAAGUUAAAAUAAAAUUUGAAAUGACAAAAACACCAUCUUGACAAUCUGGUUUUUGUGUUCGACAUACAGAUACUUAAUCAAUUAUAUUUGAUACAUCAUGUGUUGCUGAACGUUCUAUUUAUGAUGAUAAAUAUCAGAGAUGGACAAAGUCGCACCGCGCCUCUCCGCGCUUCCCCACGCUGUUGCUCACGCCUACGCUACACUAGUCUGAGCUUCGAUGAGCGCAUGCUUAGAGCAUCUCGGUAUUCGGUGGAGUUUGAGAAACUGAUUGGUACAGCAAAGAGAAAGAGAGAUGUGCGUAGCGCCUACACUCUAAAAAAAAAGCGUUUUCUCAGAAACCGAAACCCCUUCG